AUGAGCUUCAACAAGCUCUCGCUCUUGCAUUGGCACUUGGUUGACGAGAUGAGCUUCCCAUAUCAGCCCCGUGGCGAUGCUGCCAACCUCGGCAAGGGUGCUUAUUCGACUUUUGAGCAAUACUCGGCCGAUGAUCUGACGUAUGUGGUCGAGUUUGCCAAAGCACGUGGCGUACGCGUCAUGUUUGAGAUUGACACGCCCGGCCACGCUGACUCGUGGAAGUACGGUUUCCCCAACGUGGUCACCGACUGUCCCAACACCAUUGCCACCUACUCGUCGACAAUCAGCAUGACUACGCUUGAUCCAAGCCAGGAAGAAACAUUCCAGGUCCUGAGCGAUCUCUUUACCGACUUGAGCAAGAUCAUCGAAGACCCCUUUAUCCACAUGGGCGGAGACGAGGUGUUCUAUGCCUGCUGGAAGGAGUCGGCGCGCGUGACGGCGUUCAUGAACAAGCAGGGCUACGACGGCAUGCUGUACACUCUGGUCAAAGCAGGCUAUCGCGCCAUCUUGGCCAAUGGCCCCAACGGCGAGUGGUACCUCAACGAUGGCUUUGGCAACGGUGACAUUUACCAGCUCUGGACGGACGUUUAUGGGCUUGAACCCUUUUCUGGGCAGGGAGAUCUGACCCCUGCUGAGGCAGCUCGUGUUCUUGGCGGCGAGGUGUCCUUGUGGAGCGAAGAGAUUCACGCAGGCAAUCUCAUGGGCAAGGCCUGGCCACGUGCAUCAGCCUUUGCCGAGCGCAUGUGGUCUUCGCAGGCCGUCAACGAUCCAUAUGAGGCCGCUCCGCGCCUGGCGCGUAUGGUAUGCAAGCUCAACGCGAUGGGCAUUGCCGCCAGCCCCAUUUCGCCGGGUAGCUGCUACCCGCGUCAGCCUUAG